CAGAUCCAAACCCCAUUCUUCAGCACCGCGUGAGAAACACGCGCCACCACAGCGCUCGGGAGAACAUUACCCAACUUGUUCUCCCUCUCUUUCUUUUUCAUAUUACUCCACCAUGACCACAUCUCUCUGAAUUUCGCAUAUUCACACACACAACAGAACGAAACAUAAAAAACACGAUAUUCAUAACAAAAUCGUAAUUUACUUCUCCAUCAAGAUUCUAAUUAUCGUCUUUCUUUCUGUAUCCCUUAUUAACCUAUUUAAUUAUUUUAUUAAUCCUCUAAUCUAUCUGAGAAAUUGAUUGUUAUGGGCGAGUUGACUCAGACAGAGGUGUACUCGCCGCCGCGAACUCAGCAAGUUUGGAAAUCACUUUUAAGCUGGUUCACGUUUUUCUUUCAGAUCUUUUCUCAGAUUAUAAGAACCCUAGGUCACUAUCCUUUACUCUCUUCUUCAUCUUCUUCUUCUUCGUCUUCUUCUUCAACUUCAUCUUCCUUCAAACCUCUUCCUUCUGUUGAGCUUCAGGAAUACGAUUCGUCAACGACUUCCGCCGUUGAAAUCACCGCCGAUUUUCCCGUCUCCGAUCACCGUCCCGUCCAAAAACUCACGGUAGUGCUUGACUUGGAUGAAACACUAGUAUGCGCAUAUGAGACAUCAAGUUUGCCAACUGCACUACGUUCUCAAGCAAUCGAAGCUGGUUUGAAUUGGUUUGAGCUGGAGUGUGUAUCUUCUGACAAGGAAGGAGAAGGCAAACCAAAAAUCAAUUAUGUUACAGUCUUUGAACGCCCUGGGUUGAAGGAAUUCUUAACAAAACUUAGUGAAUUUGCUGACUUGGUGCUGUUUACUGCUGGUCUCGAAGGCUAUGCUAGACCCCUUGUUGACAUAAUAGACAAGAAAAAUCUGUUCAGUCUACGACUUUAUCGGCCAUCAACAAUUAGCACGGAAUAUAGGGAACAUGUUAAGGAUCUUACAUUCAUAUCAAAGGAUCUAGACCGCAUUGUUAUUGUAGACAACAAUCCCUUCAGCUUUGUAUUACAACCAGUUAAUGGAAUUCCAUGUAUUCCAUUUUCUGCCGGGCAUCCACAUGACACCCAGCUUCUAGAUGUCAUUCUUCCACUUCUCAAGCAACUCUCUGAGCAGAAUGAUGUAAGACCUUUGCUCUAUGAAAAAUUCCACAUGACUGAUUGGUUCCAGAAGCAAGGGAUUCCAGCUUCCAGUUGGAAAUUGUAGGAUUAAAAUUGUUCGCCUCUAGGCUCUUUUGCUUUUCUCGGGUGAAGUUCUUAGUUAUAUUGCUGGAAAGUGCAGCUGCUGAUGGGAUGAUAUAGAUUUUUUGUAUAGCACCAAUUUAUUACUUGAGCAUCUAAAGGUUUCAAAGGCUGCAUCUUUAGGUCAAAUCAAUUCACCACUUAUGUAUGUAGAUUGCCAGAAUUCUUAUUCUUGUUUAUAGGUUUGCAUCUGUUGGGAAGUGUAUCUUGUAUUAUAAAGUUAUUAUCUAUAAUUAUUAGAAGUUCAAACAUUCAUUCCA